AACACAACCCUCCUUUCCCUCACCUCAUUUUCCUUCCUUCCUUCCUUCCUUCCCCAUAGCGGCUGCCACUCGUAUAAGUUUCUUCUAGGCCUUAUACGACUAAACAGCUUCGCCAUGGAUGAACAGGAAUUCGUGCAGCUCCUCGAGAGCCUGCUACUCCCGGACACUGACCGCGUCAAGUCGGCCACAUCAACCCUCAACAAGACUUAUUAUACUUCCCCCGCUUCGCUUAAUGCCCUCCUCCAAAUUCUUUGCAGCCACCCGAAACCAGAGCUCCGGCAGCUGGCUGCUGUCGAGGCCAGGAAGUUGGUCGACAAGCACUGGGAGCACCUGCCGGCCGACCAGAAGGCGGCCCUCCGCAACCAGCUCUUUCAAUCCAUCCUGAACGAGGACUUCACCCUUACCCGCCAUUCUGGUGCCCGUGUCGUCUCUCAAAUCGCCGCUAAAGACUUCGAAGAUGGCGAGUGGGCUGACUUGCCGGGAUAUCUACAGCAGGCCGCUACAAGCGCCACUGCCCGACACAGGGAAGUUGGCUUAUACAUCAUCUUCACAAUCCUGGAAUUGGUUGGCGAUUCGUUUCCUGGCCAGAUUGCCGACCUAUACAAGCUCUUCAGCACCACAAUCCAGGAUCCGGAGAGUGCUGAAGUGCGAGUGAAUACAAUGCUUGCCCUUAGUCGGCUCGCUAUGCUCUUGGAGCCUGAUGAAGACCCCAAGGCAUUGAAGUUGUUUCAGGACGCCAUCCCCGGCAUGGUCAAGGUAUUGCAAUCUACUGUCCAGGAGAGGGACGAAGACCACGCACUCCAAGCAUUCGAAGUCUUCCAGACCCUCCUUGGCUGUGAAUCUGCGCUGCUUCAGAAGCACUUCGGCGACCUCGUCAAAUUUAUGAUGGAGCUUGCCUCGUCUACAGACAUCGAGGAUGACUACCGAUCCCAGGCUCUCGCUUUCUUAAUGCAGUGUGUUCGAUAUAGGAAGCUGAAGGUGCAGGGUCUUAGGAUUGGCGAGGAUCUCACCCUUAAGUCUCUGCAAAUUGUAACUGAGCUUGGCGAUCUGUCAAGUGACGACGAGGACGUCACUCCCGCCAGGUCGGCCUUGGGACUGCUCGACAUUCUUGCCUCAAGUCUGCCACCAAGCCAAGUCGUGAUUCCCCUCCUGAAGGCGCUCGGUCCCUAUUUCAACAACCCGAACCCGGACUAUCGCCAGGCCGGAAUCCUCGCGCUGGGAAUGUGUGUCGAGGGCGCUCCUGAUUUCAUCGCUACCCAGCUUCAUGAAAUCCUUCCCAUGGUCUUGCAUCUCCUAGAAGACCCAGAACUCAAGGUUCGUGCAGCCGCACUAAAUGGUAUCGCCCGGUUGGCAGAUGACCUGGCCGAGGAUGUUGGCAAGGAACACGGACGAUUGAUUCCGGCCAUGAUCAAGAAUUUUGACCUCGCUGCGAACAACUUACAGGCACAGAAUGAUGAGCGGAACCUUCAGAUUAUCCGAGGUAGCUGUCACGCUAUUGAUUCCUUAAUUGAAGGACUGGACCCGGAAGACGCCGCGAAAUACGUCCCGGAGCUGAUUCCGCGCUUCAGCAAGCUGUUCCACCAUGAAGAUUUCAAAUGCAAAGGGGCAGCCAUUGGUGCUGUCGGAUCGAUUGCUUCCGCCGCGGAAAAAGCCUUCCUGCCAUUCUUCGAGCAAACGAUGCAAUCUCUGGCGCAAUAUGUGACAAUCAAAGAGAGCCAAGACGACCUUGAUCUUCGUGGUGUGGUGUGUGACUCCAUGGGGAAAAUCGCUUCGGCGGUUGGCGCUGAACCAUUUGAGCCAUACGUUCGCCCGCUCAUGGAAGCAUCAGAAGAAGCUCUCCACCUCGACCACCCACGUCUGCGCGAGACGAGCUAUAUCCUCUGGAGCACUAUGGCUAAGGUUUACGAAGAAAAAUUCUCUCCAUAUCUCGCGGGCGCCGUGAAGGGUCUUGUAGAAUGCCUUGACCAGGAUGAAACCGAGUUGGAGGUCCAGCUGGGCGAGGAGGCCAAAGAUCUUGUUGGAUCGGAGGUGGUUCUCCAAGGCCGGAAGAUAAAAGUCGCUGCCGCCACCGAUGACGAUGACAGCGAUCUGAACGAAGCUGCUAUGGGCAAUGAUGACGACUGGGAUGAUAUUGCCGGUGUCACCGCUGUUGCAAUGGAGAAGGAGAUUGCUGCUGAAGUCUUCGGAGAUAUCAUCACACAUACCCGUCGAGAAUAUCUGCCAUACCUGGAGAACACCAUCAAGAAGCUCCUGGAACUAGUGGAGCACUCGUAUGAAGGUAUUCGUAAAGGUGCUAUUGGAACCCUUUGGCGAACCUAUGCAUGCCUUUGGGGCAUGGCUGAAGGCGAUGGCAUGGCCAAGUGGAAGCCUGGACUUCCUCUUGCGGUUGAGCCCUCGGACGAUUUGAAGAAGCUUGGAAAUGUGGUCAUGACUGCUACCAUGUCUGUGUGGCAGGAUGAAAUGGAUCGGGGUACCGUUACCGACAUCAACCGCGAUGUCGCUGCAACGCUCAAGCUCUGUGGACCAGCUGUCUUGAUGACGCAAGAUGGCACUGCUGUCCCCGACAUGGCACAGCAACUGCUCUCUAUCAUCUCUAAACGACACCCAUGUCAGCAAGACUUGGGCGACGAGGGUGACGAAGACAUCCUCGAGGAAUCGUCAGAGUAUGAUUGGUUAGUUAUUGAGACUGCCAUGGAGGUCAUCACGUGCCUGUCGGUGGCACUCGGGCCUAGCUUCGGUGAACUCUGGAAGAUCUUCGAAAAGCCCGUAAUGAAGUAUGCCAGCAGCCAGGAGCCAACUGAACGAAGCGCGGCUGUCGGAACUAUCGCUGAGUGCGUUGGCAACAUGGCCGAUGCAUGCACACCAUAUACGACUACCCUGCUGAAGCUCCUUCUUCACCGUUUGUCGGAUGAAGAUCCCGAGACGAAGUCGAAUGCCGUGUACGGGGUCGGGCUGUUGUGCGAGAAGUCGGCGAAUGAGACUGAGAUUCUCAAGUCGUACCCUACCAUCUUCUCGAAGCUGGAGCCUCUUAUCGAUGCCCAAGAUCAGGCGCGUCUGCUGGAUAAUACUGCGGGCUGUGUCAGCCGUCUGAUCUCUAAGCAUCCAGACAAGAUCCCAAUUGCAGAAGUUCUGCCUCGUCUGCUGCAGCUCCUGCCGCUGAGGGAGGACUAUGAGGAGAACAAGCCCAUCUUCAGUAUGGUCGUUAAGCUUUACCAAGCAAAUGAGCCGACGAUUCAGCAGCUUACACCCCAGUUGAUGGCGAUAUUCGAGAAGGUGCUCGGCCCACCUGAGGAGCAACUGGAGGACGAGACGAGGACACAGCUGGUUGAACUUGUGAAAUAUUUGCACAAGUAGGCGGCUAUGUGGGGCACCAUGCGAUGACUUCAGUUGGUAUACCCGGUGAAUGAUAUGAAGGCACGAAGGAUAUAAUGAAUGGACGGGAAUGCAUGGCGAUACCAAGGUUUUUUGGCUUCUUUCUCUCCUGAGGGCGCCGGGAGUGGAUCAUCCUUUUACAGAUAGACCACUCCUUUCUUUUUUUUUUCUUUUCUAUUUUUUUUUUCAUAGGACUAAAACCGUUUAUUUUCAUACC